AUCGGGUCACAUGACAUACAGCUGGUUUAUGUGGUGCUAGGGCUCCGGUGUGUGGGGGAGAGAAUCCACUCCAGUCAAGCAUGGAUUGCAAACGAAGGAGGACAUAGCCAGUUAGUUCACAAAUACGUUUUUACUGUAAUAAUAGAGAAUCCCUAUUUUAAACAUGGGUCGGUGUGGUAUUACCUCAUCAAAGACAGUGCUGGUCUUUCUGAACCUCAUUUUUUGGGCAGCAGCAGGGAUUUUGUGCUAUGUUGGAGCCUACGUGUUCAUCACCUAUGAUGACUACGACCACUUCUUUGAGGAUGUGUACACCCUUAUACCUGCUGUGACCAUAAUUGCAGUUGGAGGCCUCCUUUUCAUCAUCGGUCUUAUUGGAUGCUGUGCCACAAUACGAGAAAGCCGCUGUGGCCUUAUAACGUUUGUCAUCAUUCUCCUGCUGGUGUUUGUGACGGAAGUGGCUGUGGUGGUUCUUGGUUAUAUUUACAGAUCGAAGGUUGGAGACGAGGUCAAUCACUCCAUCCAGAAGGUAUACAAUGAGUACAAUGGCACCAAUGCAGAUGCCUCAAGCCGUGCCAUUGACUACAUGCAAAGACAGCUCCAUUGUUGUGGAAUUCACACUUACUCAGACUGGAUGAACACACGCUGGUUUAAUGAGUUUCAAAACAACAGUGUACCAGUGAGCUGCUGCAAACCUAAUGUCAGCAACUGUACAGGCUCUCUAGCCCGUCCUGGAGACCUCUAUCCAGAGGGAUGUGAAGCCCUUGUUGUGAAGAAACUAAAGGAGAUUAUGAUGUAUGUCAUCUGGGCUGCACUGACGUUCGCUGCAAUUCAGGUAUUUGGGAUGCUGUGUGCCUGUGUGGUGCUGUGCAGUAGGAGCCGUGACCCUGCCUACGAGCUUCUCAUGACAGGGGGAACCUACGCAUAAGGAACACACACACCUAGGUUCAUGGCUUUGUCAGUGGGGGAUGGUUCACUGACUUGCUCAGGUCUCCUCUGCUGUAAGUUGAAAAGCUCCUCACAUGGUGGCUCAUACUCCACAAUGGUGAUGGGUUAAGUGGUGAAAUACCUAUUUAUUUACAUGCUAUGUAAGUUGGUAUUUUGUUAGACUUUUUUUCAAAAAUCUACAGGACAAAUUCUUACAAGGUGAUUAAACAAGUUUUUUUUGUUAUUUGUUGCUCUGUGAUAUUUGACAAAUUAAAUUUGUUGCACUUAAGUUUUACCUGUGAGGUACACAAGGAUGAGGCCUCUGUGAAUGAUAAACCUACUGUAUGGAAUAUGUGGACUGAAUACUUUACUUAUGUCAGUUUGCAAUAUGUGUAUGGUUUUGGAAUAUUUUAUAAAUAUUUACAUUCAUCAUGUAAGUAGCUGAGUUGAAGAUUCCCUGUGUGUAUGAGGUUGCCUUGUGCUACUGCUUUGUUUGGCCCAGACCUCACCCUUCACCAGCACCAUUCUGUUCCUGAUGAGUAUUAGUGGAACUAUAGACAGUAUACAAGUCAAUGGCACUGCAUCGGCCCACCAGGAAUGGGCAGUAACCAAAGUGCAGUCAAUUAACUGAUCUGCUUUGCAAGAAUGUGGGCAUUUGAUUAAUCCACAUGCACUGUUACUGAAAUGUUCUGUUGUACUUUCUGUGUGGAGUUGAGCACACUCGUGGUAUGUAGGCCUAGUUAUAAAAUGAGAUUUUUAAGAAAUGUAGUCAUGUAGAGAAAUAUAAACCAGAGAUGGGGGGUGGGGGGGCUUUAACAAGGAAAUAAACUGUAUUCCAGCCAGAAGAUUCUGCAGUUUCAUUUAUUUCUAUAUUUCACAAAAAUAUGCUCACUUUUCUCUGCCAACAACCAAGACCGUAGCCAUGCCUCUCUUGUGUGGACAUUAGAGCUGUAUGGUUUUCUCCAGACAAAGCACCCUGAUGUUCAAACACUAAUUGUCAGGGCUUUUGUCAUUUGCAGAGCCAGUGAGUCACAUCCUAAACCACUUGUGGAAGCGUCUUUCCCAGGGGGAGGGAGAGCUGGCUUUAAAGGAUUCAUGUAGCCAUGCUUUUGGUUAAGCACGGAGUCAGAUGAUUGGGGAUGUCUUGUUUAACAUGGUAUUGAGACAAGCCUUGUCAUUAGAUCCUUAAUUUGGGUGUUAGGCUGCCAUAGGCCGGUUCUACCUUGUCUGUAUUAAAGCUACAAAUGUCUAGCUACUUGCAAAGUUUCUCUUAUGCAUCAGCUAACAGUAAUUGUAUUUGUACAUUGGGACUUUGAGUCAGGCUCUUAGUGACCAGAUGCCUUUGAACUGGUCCCAAGUGGCGCAGUGGUCUAAGGCACUGCAUCUCAGUGCAAGAGACUCCACUACAGUGCCUGGUUCAAAUCCAGGCUGUAUCACAUCCAGCCGUGAUUGGGAGUCCCCAUAGGGCGGUGCGCAAUUGGCCCCGGGGUAGGCCAUCAUUGUAAAUAAGUAUUUGUUAAAUAUCAGAUAAAUAUUGGAUCAGUCUGCACUGUAAUGUGAUUUGUGUGGUUUCCAAAUAAGUAAUGUAUUGUUUUGCAAUGAAGCCUGUAAAGUUUUAAUUCAAAGGUAUAUUAUUGUAUUAUUAAAAACAGAGUCAAACA